UCCCUUUCCCAGUGCUGGAGCAUCCUGGUGGGAAACCCCGUCCUGCUCCAGUCCCCACCGAACCCCCGAUGUCACCCAAAGGAAAGCGGGGCGUUCUCCUAAACACCGAGAGCCAUCCCUUUGAUUAAGGGUAAAUUAAAUUUGCGUUCCGCCCGGGGGGAUAUUUCACCACCAGGCUCGGGCACUGCCGAGGAGCUGCUGCUGCUGCUGCUGCUGCUGCACCGCCUCUCCCGGCGGCAGGAGCGAUUCCCGGUGGGAAGCUCUGGGGUUCCCGGGUCCCGCUGCCGCCGCUCACACCCCUCACACCCCUCACCGGCUCGCGGUGAUUUCCUCGCGGGGAGGUGCUGCCUGGUUACCAUCUCAGCAGCUCCAUCAUCAUCAUCAUCAUCAUCAUCAUCAUCAUCUCCUCCUCCUCCUCCAGCCGGUGAGCCCCUGAGCGGGCUCUAAAUCCCCGCAGACCGAGCCGGGCGGGAGCGGCGGCCGACAGGAGUUGCUUUGUUUGGUGCUGACUUGGCCUUCCCUGCUUCCACUCUGGAGGAGAUGGGUCGCAUGGAAGAGGAUGACAGCAGCUCCUGGAAGAAGCAGACGAGCAACAUCCGAAAGACCUUCAUUUUCAUGGAGGCCCUGGGAUCAGGUGCCUUCUCAGAAGUUUUCCUAGUGAAGCAGAAAAGCACUGGCAAGCUCUUUGCUCUGAAAUGCAUCAAGAAGUCUCCCCUCACCAGGGACAGCAGCUUGGAGAACGAAAUAGCAGUGCUGAAAAAAAUAAAGCACGAAAACAUCGUGACUUUAGAAGAUAUUUAUGAGAGCACAACCCACUUCUACCUGGUCAUGCAGCUGGUGUCUGGGGGAGAGCUGUUUGAUCGAAUUUUGGAGAGAGGUGUUUACACCGAGAAAGAUGCAAGUCUGGUGAUCCACCAGGUGCUGACAGCAGUGAAGUACCUGCACGAGAAUGGAAUCGUUCACCGAGACCUGAAGCCUGAAAACCUUCUUUACCUGACUCCCGAAGAGAACUCCAAAAUCAUGAUCACGGAUUUCGGCUUGUCUAAAAUGGAGCAGAACGGCAUCAUGUCCACGGCCUGUGGGACUCCAGGAUAUGUGGCCCCCGAAGUCCUGGCCCAGAAGCCCUACAGCAAAGCCGUGGACUGCUGGUCCAUUGGAGUCAUCACUUACAUCCUGCUCUGUGGGUAUCCCCCUUUCUAUGAAGAGACUGAAUCCAAACUGUUUGAAAAGAUCAAGGAAGGCUACUACGAGUUUGAGUCUCCGUUUUGGGAUGAUAUCUCUGAGUCAGCCAAGGAUUUCAUCAGACAUUUGCUGGAGAAGAACCCAGCUGUGAGGUUUACCUGUGAAGAAGCCCUGAGGCACCCAUGGAUUAAUGGAAAUACAGCCCUUCACCGUGACAUCUACCCAUCUGUCAGUGCUCAGAUUCAGAAAAACUUUGCAAAGAGCAAAUGGAGGCAAGCCUUCAACGCUGCAGCCGUCGUGCACCACAUGAGGAAGCUCCACAUGAACGGCCACGCGGCGGCCGAGAGCCCCGGCCCCGUCACGCCGGCCCCCACGCCCAGCACGCCCUUGGUGGCCACCCAGCCAGCAGCUCCAGGUGAAGACAAGGACACACCACUGCCUCAGGUCCCCACGCAGGGCUGUGCAAACCCUCCUGCUCAGCCGGAGGAAGGCACGGGAGCGGGAGAGGAGGAGCUGGAAAGCCCCCCGGAGAAGGGAGCGCUGCCCGCGGGCAGCAGCCUGGUCCUGCCCGACAACAACCACAGCCCUCCCAGCAGGACCUCCUGUGGCUGCAGCCCAGCCUGCGUGGGGCACGAGAAGACAAAGGCAUCCUUCUGCUCCGAGCCAGUGCUGCUUAAGAAACCUUCCAAGUCCCAUCAUUUCAAAACAGAAGUUCUUGUUCCAAUGAAGACCAGUAAACACUCCUCUCACUGUGGCACUGGGCAAACUGGAGUUUGUUUGAUCAUGUGAUGGAGGCAGCUGCUGGGCUCUCCACAUCACCAGUGAAACAGAAGGGCUGUUUUACUCUUUUCUGCACUUCAAAGCCAGACAUCACCAGUGCAAGCAAGAAAGGAGGCUGUGUCCCACCAGUAGCUCUCACAAAGCAGUGACCAGCUGGGGACAGCAGCACAUGAGUCCCAGGAAUCCAUCACUGCAGUGACCUCGGGGUGUUUCUGGAUCAUUAAGAGCUGGGAGAAGGCAAAGGAAAGGCUCAGGGUCCUGCUGGCAUAUCCAGUGUAUAUUAUCCAUAUGGCAUCGCUCAUGCUACAGGCUUUUGUUUUCCUGUUUAGUUGUCCAAGGCAGAAGUGCACUGCACAACACCAACCCUCCAAACCAAAGCCAUGCAGAGCUUUACCCAGUGGCAGGUCAGUUAUUUUUACAGUCCUCACCCUCUCCACUCCUUGGGGUUUGGUUAGCCCCAGGCUUUGGCACUCUGGAGUUCAGCAUCCCCCAGCUGCCCACUCAGGCUGCUCAGCUCCCACCGCAGCUACAAAAGGAGAGACAACCUGCUAGAAACCUCCACGUGUCUGAUCAUAACACAGCAAGGUCUGAAUCCCCUGCUUGUGAGCCUGUAAUUGCACAAUAAAUACUUGCUUAAUAAAGCUGAGUUUUGUUUUGUAAA